UUAUAAAUCCUGUGGGCGGCACCGGAAGUAGCCUGCUCAGACGCUCGCUGUCCAGUGUGAAACCGGCACAGCUUCUCUAACGGGAUUUUUAAAAACCCUCCGCGAACUGUCGGGCUUUAAAACACCUUCACGUCCGCAUUCGCUUCUCAGAACUCCCGCCUCGGUGCGUUGUUAUAUUCCUCUUCAGCUGUCGUCAUGGGGGAGGUGGAGCUGUCCUGUCGCGCCUACGUGAAGAUGUACCUGCACGCCUGCCUCUUUCCCCGCUGCAGCAUCAACGGCCUGCUGUUGUCGUCCAGCUCGCCAGGUGGCGCUGUGUGCGUGACGGACUGCGUCCCGCUGCUCCACUCGCACCUGCCGCUGGCCCCCAUCACCCAGCUGGCCCUCACACAGGUGGACGUGUGGUGUUCACAGACGCAGCAGAGGAUUGUGGGAUAUUAUCAAGCCAACGCCUGCAUGUCGGACAGCAGCCCGACACCAUGCGCGCUGAAGAUCGCGGAUAAGAUCGCCGAGCAGUUUGACCAUUCAGUUUUGUUAAUGCUCGACGGCAGUAAGAUGACUCCGGACUACCGGGUUCCUCCCAUCGUUAUGUACGAGCGCAAAGAUUCAAGAUGGCUGCUGAAAGACAAACACACGAUCAUGCUGCGGCAGUGGGAGGAGACCCGGGCGAUAGCCGGUCAGAUGCUGGAGUCGGGCGACCACACGCUCCUGGUGGACUUCGACAGCCACCUGGACGACAUCACGAAGGACUGGACCAAUCAGAAGCUGAACACCAAGAUCGCGGAGCUGGCGUCGCCGGCCAACGGGAAUAUCUAGACCGUAGCGCCGCGUUUGUACCACAGAGCCCGACGUUCAUCGUUAUGUACAAAUAACCCGACAACAAAACAUGUUCAAAACAAGACGUUUAUUUUUUAUCGCAUAUAGUCAAGUGAACAGGGACGUGAUGUAGAACGUGCUUAAAUAACAAAUAAUAUUUACAGUUUUAUUAGACGACCUGUAACCUCUCACCCCCUCUCCCCCAGUUUGCCUCGUGGUCCAGUCCUGCUGAUUUGACACUUUUACUUUUCUUCUCAAGCUGCCGCAUGAUUCUUUUUUUAUUCUGUUAUUAUUAUUCCCACAUACUUUAUUACAUGUAACGGGGAGGAUGGACAGAAUAACAGAAACACCGGACAGAGCAGAGGACACUCGUUUGUUAAAAGCUCAGAAUGAUUUCGUUGUCGACUCGCAGCUUUUGAUUCAGGACGUUAGUUUUACGCACGUGUAUGUUUGUUUCCUAAACUGUGGCAGGAAAAUUGUUUAUUCGCCAAACUUGCGAAAAAUACUAUAUAUUUAUUUACGACAGUUUUAAACUGUUCGACGUUUCUGCUCUUCUGUCGACAACCUCUCGUAAUUCUGACUGUUUAAAAAAAAAAACAACGUUUUAAAUGUCUGAACUCUUCUCAUGUGAUAACUCCUAACAAUGCACUGAAAGAGGCUAGGUUUUUUAUUUUAAUUUUUUAAAAUCCCCUUCAAUUGUCUUGAUCCUGUCUCCAUAACAACAGUGUGAAAACUUUAUCUAUUAAAAGACGACGACAUUCAAA